AUAUAAUCGAACUUGUUUUGCAGAACGUCAGUUUUACUCUUGCAAAAUGGGAGUAAUUCAGACAACCGUGGCUUUCGGAAUACUGUUGUUGGGUUUUGCUUCGUCACAGACAACGAAAACACCAGAGAUAUAUUACCUCCAUGUGACGUCAGAAAUCGACUUCCGGUUUGCUAAGACUGUGGUAACCAGUAAAGUUGUCAAUAAGGAACCAGUUGCUAGUGAAGCUGUGUUCGAUCUUACACUUCCAAACGAGGCUUUCAUCACUGCAUUCAAAUUGACAAUAAAUGGCUCAGAAAUUCAUGGAAAAGUAAAAGAAAAAGAGAAGGCCAAACAGGAAUUUGAGGCUGCGAAAGCAAAGGGGCAGAGUGCAGGUCAUAUUGUAGCCAAACCUAGAGAAACAAACAAGUUUCAAAUCCAAGUCAAUGUGGCGGCCCAAGAAAAAGUGACGUUCGAGUUAACAUACCGGGAACUUCUCAGACGAACUAAAGGCCUAUACAACCAUGUUAUUUACAUCAAUCCCGGACGAGUGGUCGACGAUUUGAAAAUCAACGUCCUAAUCAAGGAGUCAAGGAACAUCACAACUAUCAAGAUCCCACCAAUAAGAAGUGAUCUUCUUACAGAAGAUCCUGAAGGUACAAAUGAGCUUGCUGUAGUUGAUCGCAUUAAUUCAACGAAAGUCUUUAUUUCAUACCAGCCGUCCAGAGCUGAGCAAGAGUCUGGGGUCUCUGGCCAGUUUAUUGUCCAGUAUGAUGUGGACAGAAGUGACAAUGCAGGGGAUAUUUUGGUAAUGGAUGGUUAUUUUGUGCAUUUCCUGGCACCCGAAGGAAUUGAACCGAUGCCAAUGGAUAUUGUGUUCGUCCUGGAUAAGAGUGGCUCUAUGAGUGGAACUAAAAUGAGACAGCUUCAAGAAUCCAUGCUGAAGAUCUUAGAUGACGUCAAGGCAGAAGACAGAAUUAUGAUCAUUGCAUUUGACUCUUCUUUGUUGUACUGGAAACCCGAAUUUGUUCAGGCAACAGCUGGAAACAUAACUGAUGCAAAAGAUUAUAUAAGACAAACUGACGCCAGUGGAGGUACCAAUAUAGAUCUUUCAUUAAGGGAAGGAUUGAGAAAUCUAAUCCAAACAACAGGAGAGAACGGUCGGGCACCGGUCUUGGUUUUUCUUACUGACGGAGAGGCCACGGUAGGCGAAACAAACACAGACCGCAUCUUAGAGAAUGUUAAGAAAGCAAAUGAAGCAGAACUACCCAUUUUUAGCCUUGCUUUUGGAAGAGGGGCAGACUUCAACAUUGUUAAAAAAAUCGCGGCAAAAAAUAAUGGAUUUGCAAGAAAAAUCUAUGAAGACGCCGAUGCUGCUCUCCAGAUAGCAGAAUUUUACAAGGAGAUUUCAACCGUUUUAAUGAAGAAUGUCUCAUUCAACUAUGUUGAUGGAACAUUGUAUGACAGUACAGUUACCGACACAAGAUUUAACACUUACUUCAAAGGAUCGGAAAUGGUUGUUGCAGGAAAGGUAAAAGAUUUGAACAAAUUACAAUCAGGUAUGAUUGUUAAUGGGACCGGAAGUGAAAACCAGGAAGUAGUCCUUCGUGUGCCUCCAAUGUGGUGCACCAUUCUACCAUGGCCACUUCCACCAUUUCCAUUUCCGACGCCUUCGCCACCAGUCACUACUAGAAAUCCUGGUAUGAUGGAGAAACUCUGGGCAUAUUUGACCAUAAAACAGCUACUGAAGGAGAAAGAAGCACUUGAUUCUACGACAGAAAUUAAGAAACUAGAGGAUAAAAUUGUACAACUUUCUCUGAAAUAUCAGUUUGUGACACCAUUAACUUCAAUGGUGGUUACUCUGCCGGAUGAGACAAAGGCAAACCCCAGCGAGGUGAAACCAGCAGAAUCAGAGCUUGCAAACUCUGUUCAGCAAGGAAUUGCUAUGACAGGAAGGCUUCGAUUCUCGAAUUUUCAACGUGCAAGAGGCACUGGUCCCCUAGCAUUACAUUCGCCUGUAUCCAAUGCGUUCGAUUUAAUGGCUGCCGCCCCUCCUCCAUUGUUGCAAGGUCUCACGGGUCCAAGCCUCUCAACAUUUCCUCCAAUGACUAUGAUGUUUACCACCACCACCACCACUUUUGUUUCACCUAAAACCACCACCACCUCAACUGCUAUUCCUCCGGUUACCACAGAGACAAGCACUAUUCCUCCCAGUGCUACAGAGACAAGCACUAUUCCUCCAAAUACUACAGAGACAGGCACUCUUCCUCCCAAUACUACAGAGACAGGCACUAUUCCUCCCAAUACUACAGAGACAGGCACUAUUCCUCCCAAUACUAGAAAGACAAGCACUAUUCCUCCCAGUACCACACAGACAAGCACCUUUCCUUCUUUCACCAAAAAGACAACCACUCUUCCCCCUGUUACCAUUGAGACAACCACCACCGGCCCGUCAUCAACCAAAGCAAGGAUACAAGAGAAAUCUCAGGUUCCAUCUUUCGGGAUCGCAAUACCUGGACUAACGAAACCUCUUUGCUUUGAUUUACCGAUGGCGUCUGACUCGAUUUACACUUUAGUUAAAUUAACAUCACCUGGAAGAGAUUAUCGUAUAAGCGGUCGAUUUGGGACAGAGAUGAUCAAUAAUAUCACAGUUAAUGAUGGCAAGGACAUGACCUUUAACGCUAAUCCGGAGGACAUCUCCAAGACACCUGUGUACCAGACAAGUAUAGAUGGCACAACAGUUUCAGUCAGAAACACACCACUUGGAUUCCAGUUCAUAUCAGAAUUCAAUGAAACAAAGACCAAUUUAGAAGGAAUUUUAUCUAUCUUCAAGGACUACAGUGGUAAACUCGUUGCUAUGGUAAUGGAGUCUGGUGAGUUUGUCACAUACUUCGAUUUGAAACAGACAACUGGACACCGUAUUUCUUUGAAAGCAAUAACUAAAGAAUUUGGUGAUGGCAUUUGUUGGUACCUGGACAAUGAGACCAUUAAGAAGUUUUAUACUAAGAUUUCUCAAUUUUUAGUUACAAUACCGUGAAAGUGUAUGUCUCUCUGAUGUAUUUAUCUAAGAAUUGAUUACAUUUAUAUAUAAUAAAACAAACAAACGUUG